AUGCAGAUCGCUGCUUGUAUCUUGGGCCUUGCGGCUCUUGUCGCUGGGCACGGGUACGUCGACAAUGCCACUAUCGGCGGAACCUACUACCAGUUCUAUCAGCCGUAUACGGACCCCUACACCAACCCUGCACCUCAAAGAAUCUCGCGCCCUAUCCAGGGCAACGGCCCGGUUGAGAGCGUCACCUUGGCCGAUGUCCAAUGCGGAGGGUAUACGGCGGGAGGUAUCUCUGGUUCCCAACCCGCGGCGCUCCACGCCCCAGCUGCGGCGGGAUCGACCGUCACGCUCCGAUGGACUCUGUGGCCUGAAUCCCAUGUUGGACCGGUCAUCACCUACAUGGCACGGUGCCCUGACGCUGGCUGCAACAGCUGGCAACCCGGUACCUCAGCUGUUUGGUUCAAGGUCAAGGAAGGCGGGCGCACCGGAACUUCCAACACAUGGGCUGCUGUAAGUUUGGACAAUGUCAUCGGGCACGUAAAGCGACGCGAGUUUUCUAACUCAGAUUUCGAACAGAGCGCCCUCAUGGUUCCCAACUCUGGUUACCAGUACACCAUCCCGUCUUGCCUGAAGCCAGGCUACUACCUGGUCCGUCACGAGAUCAUUGCUCUCCACGCCGCCUACUCCUACCCUGGUGCCCAGUUCUACCCCGGGUGUCAUCAACUGCAAGUCACCGGCUCUGGCACCAAGACUCCUACAUCUUUGGUUGCUUUCCCAGGUGCAUACAAGGCGACCGAUCCUGGCGUCACUUACGAUGCUUACAAGGCGUCAACUUACACCAUCCCCGGCCCAGCCGUUUUCACUUGCUAG